AUGUUGACAGAAAGUAACAAGCUUGACAAUACCUGCACAGACACCAUUGGUCUUGAUAAGCCAUGCAAGUUCUGCAAAGUCCUAGAGCUUGAUGAUGCUUUAUAUGACGGAGAGACCAAGACUAAGGAGGAUGGAACGCCUUUUGUUGAUUUUGGUGAGAUUGUUGAAACUAAACAAGAUCGGAUUGCGACAUCUGGAUUGACACGGGCCAAAUUGGGCAAGGCCUUGAGCUACGCAAUGCGGAAUCACGAUGCCGAUGCCCCAAAGACCAUUGCAAAGACGGAACUGGGGCUAUCCUACUCGAGAAGUGACCAACUUCCUGACCUGCAGGCGCUUAACGGUACGGCAUCUACUGGAUGUGUGUUUUGCCAGGUACUUCGAUGCGACCUGAAGAACGCAUGGGAGACGAUAAAGGAAAAUUGGGGAGACGAAGAGGAAGACGACAAGGAUAGAGAGGAUGAAGAGCAAGAAGAGAAAGAGGAAGAUAUACCGGAACAAGAGGAAGGAGAUGAUGCUGAUGCCGAAGACAGUGAGGACGAAGAUGAUGAAGGAGGAGAGCGGAACGAUGCAGACCGCCACGGAGAAAGCAGUGAUAAAAGAGAAGGGCAGAAGGAGGAGGUAUUAACACAUGGAAAUGCCGAUGAAAAGGACAAAGACACCAAAGAAGACCAGCAAGAGCUCCUCGUCUGGAACAGUGAAAACAGCGACAGGAGUAGCGACUAUACAAGCGCUGUUGAAAACGAUCAUUUUGUUGACACUGAUGAGGAUACGGAUGCCGAGGAGAAUAAGGAGGAGGACAUAGAGGGAGUUGGCGAAGCAAAAGGGGAGAAGAAAGAAGAUGAGGCAAAGAUCGAAGCUGCUGAACAAUUCCGAUCUCCAGUUGUGGCCUCAGAGGUACCACCUGCUAAAGCAGAAUUGGCCAUCACCGAGAUUACCUACAAGCUCCGAGAGUAUGGUGCCGAUGAUGAUCGCCCUCAAAGAACAUGGUUGGAUGCGUUGUACAUUUUCUUCACAAUUGAGUACCAGGGAAAGAAGAGGAGAUACUCCAUUCACUACAACAUAUACGCGGAAGAAUCUAACUCAUGUACUUCUUGGCUCGAGAUCAAUAGGCGGCCUAUCAUCAACGAUGUGUUAUCUCCUGCAUCUGUGGGAAGAAUGAAUGAACUCAUUCGACUUUCAGAAAAAGAACAGCCGGUGAAAGUUGUCGAGAAACCCUUCUUACCGACUCGUCUACUUGAUGUGCAGGCAUCUUGUCCAUCUGGCUUGCGUCUAGUCAUCACCAAAACGGACCCUGACGUUUGGAAGCUUGACGCUUCCCAGAGACGGUACGCGGCGUUGAGUUACUGCUGGGGUUCAAGAGACGCAGCGCUGAAACAACUCAUGACAACCAAAGACGUAUUACAGAAGCAUCUCGACGAGAUUCCUAUGGAGAAAGUUCCCUUGACAGUUGCAGACUCGAUCCGAGUUUGCAGGGCGCUUGAAAUACGAUACCUCUGGGUUGAUGCCUUGUGUAUCAUUCAAGGAGACCGUGAUGACUGGUCAAAUGAGUCGUUCCAGAUGUCCAGCAUAUACGAGAACAGCUAUCUUACACUAUGCAUCGUGCAAGGUGAUUCGUGCUCCAGCGGUUUCCUCCACAAAGACUACAACCCGCCCAAUGUGAGAGUCAAGUUCCAGUCGAAGCUUAACAACUCGGUCUCGGGAAAUAUCACUCUUCGAAUGCUUCAUCCACCUUCAGCAACAGUUCGGAGGUGCACGAAACAGGAAGGGAAAUACGGCCGCCCUGAUGACUCUGCCGGUAACUCGGACAUUAACGAAGUUUCGUGGAGCAAGCGAGGCUGGACCUUCCAGGAGGAUCAACUAGCCCCACGGAAGGUGUUUUUCGGCAAUCUGAUGUUCCACGUCAAUCGUGGAUCGCAACUUGAAGCAGCUGAUGGUUCAACAGUGUGGCGCUUUCGCUUUGUCGAGACCAUGGAUGCUCUGGAACGAGGACUCGAAACCUGGUAUAGAAUGAUCGAGAACUACUCCAAAAGAAACCUUUCUUACGAGAACGACAAGUUCCCGGCCAUCGCAGCUUUGACCAGGUCUUUCAGCGAAAAGUUCAAGAACCAGACGUAUCUGGCAGGCCUGUGGGAGUCAGACAUCCAUAAAGGCCUUCUUUGGACCUGCUCUGCGUGGUUAGAAUUCGACGAAUACCAGAAGCUUGUGUCGAAGGACUAUAUCGCGCCGUCUUGGAGCUGGGCUCGCCGUUCUUUGCCGGUAAAUUGGAUCUUGGAUCAUAAUAAAAGGCCCAAAUCGGAGCUUGUCGACCGUGGCUCAGAAAUUACUGUCACAGAUAUGAAUAAUGCUUUUGGCUGCAUUGCAGAAGGUCGUCUGCUCUUAACAGCACGGAUUUUCAAACCACCAACGAGACGAAAUGGAAAGAUCAGGAUCAAGCACUCAUACAACUUGUGGAAGUACAUGAACUCACCAUCCUUUAACUACAUUUCCUGGUCCAAAAGUAACAAGUACAUGGCCAAGAUCCGCUUCGACUGGGAUAGUCAAUCUUGCCUCAAUGAUGAGGGCUACCCACGUGGACCAAUGAACGAUAUAUGUCUGAUCCUCACUGCCAGCAUCUUCCCAGGGGAUGAUGUGUUGCUGAGAAGUCACGAUUUAGCGGAUGAUCAAGAAUUGUUGCUUGGAAUCGUAGUGUGGCCCUCACCUAAAGAAGAGGGAGCAUACGAGAGGAUAGGCGUUUUCUUUACAGAGGACAGAGGGAAGGGUGGAAGAAAGUUCUGGCAGGAUAUUCCGAUGCAGGAUCUGGUGCUUGUGUAG